UCGCUGCGGACGAAGCCUUUCGGAUGCACAGGGAUAGCAGCAUGUGUGCAAAGGGACCGGUGCCGGACAUUUGCAGCCUAAAGUAGACCGGCCCCGCUGGGUAAAAAACACAAAAUGCAAAAGUGAGGAGACUCUCGUCCUGCAUGUAAGGACAAGAAGUGCAUUUAGCAGGUCCGUGCCCGCCGGAGUGAGGCAGCAGGAGCCGUGGCAUGCUCCGGAGAGCGGGGCCGUCUCUGCGGCACGUCUUGCUGGAGAGGACGAACGGCGUUGGACACAGCUUACACUUCAGUGAGGCAAAAAUGUCAAGGCCGGUGCAAGCUCGGAGGCUGGAGGGCCUGGAUAAGAAUAUCUGGGUGGAGUUUGUAAAGCUGGCCACCACCUACGCCACAGUGAACCUGGGCCAGGGCUUUCCCGACUUCCCCCCGCCGGACUUCUUGAGGGAGGCGUUCGUGAGAGCCGUCAGCGGGGAGAACCACGCGCUGCACCAGUACACCCGAGCCUUCGGCCACCCUCCGCUGGUGGAGAUCCUAGCCCAGUUUUUUGGGAAGCUGCUUGGGCGAGAGCUGGACCCUCUGACCAACGUGAUGGUGACCGUGGGGGCGUACCAGGCCCUUUUCUGCUGCUUCCAGGCCCUCGUCGAUGAAGGCGAUGAGGUGAUAAUCAUCGAGCCCUUCUUCGACUGCUACGAGCCAAUGGUGAAGAUGGCUGGUGGGACACCCGUGUUCGUCCCACUGAGACCGAAAGCGCCGAAAGCGGGACAACUCAUGUCUAGCGCAGACUGGCAGCUGGACCCGGCCGAACUGGCUUCGAAGUUCGGUGAACGGACUAAAGCCAUCGUCCUGAACUCGCCCAACAACCCGCUGGGCAAGGUGUUCAGCCGAGGGGAGCUGGAGCUCAUCGCGGAGCUGUGCGUGAAGCACGACGCCCUGUGCAUCAGCGACGAAGUGUACGAGUGGCUGGUCUACGACGGGAAGGAGCACAUCCGCAUGCCACCCUGCCGGGAAUGUGGGACCGCACCAUCAGCAUCAGCAGCGCCGGGAAAACCUUCAGCGCCACGGGAUGGAAGGUGGGCUGGAUCGUGGGGCCGUCAGGGCUGCUGCGGCACCUGCGCACCGUGCACCAGAACAGCGUGUACCACUGCGCCACGGCCGCCCAGCGCCUCGCCGCCCGCAGGAGGCCGUGGCGGAGGGUUUCCGCAGGGAGCUCGAGCGCCGCGGGCAAGCGGACGGCUACUUCGUCCGCCUGGCGCGGGAGCUGCAGGGGAAGAGAGACCGGCUGGUGCGGAGCCUGGACGCCGCGGGCAUGACGCCCAUCGUGCCCGAGGGCACCUACUUCUUGGUCGCGGACAUCUCCGCCUUCGCGUCCGACGUCCCCGACGCCCCCGGCUCCGAGGAGCCCUACGACUCCAGGUUCGCCAAGUGGAUGGUCAAGAACAAGGUAAAUUAACGCGCCGUCCGCUGCCUUGGCGCCGGCCCGCCCGCCAGGAGACCCCGGCGCCAUGUCGCUCUCCCCACCGCCGCCCCGCCAGGGCCUCGCCGCCAUCCCGCUCUCCGCUUUCUACUCCGGGCCCCACAAGAACGACUACAGCCGCUUCAUCCGCUUCUGCUUCGCCAAGGAGGAAGCCACCCUGAAGGCGGCAAGUGAUAUACUGCAAAAAUGGAAACAGGAGAAAACCGGCCCCUGAAGGCUGUGGACAGUGACGCCGGCUCCCCUCCAGCCCCAUCCGCCACGUCCCGCUCUCCCUCCGGGUCCUCUGCUUGCCUGUGGACUUUGCAUCAUCCUUAUUCUUUGCGCUUUCGACCACGCUUUCUGUCGGGCAGACGGGGUUUGCCAGGCGCAGGCCUGGGGCACGCUUUCCGUCACUGCGAAGUGGUUGUGCCGGUCCCAGGGACAGGGGAGCCUCUGCGUGCGCCAGCCGUAAUUUAUAUCGCUUCUCCUUACGCCUGAAGCCGUCACGGCCCCACUCCAGCACCCGUCCGGCACCACCCGAGGUAAGGAUGGCUCCUGGGGUCUUCUCCACCACCCCUUUCUGGGAAGGCGUUUCAAGACCGACGUUUAAGGUGAUGCCAAAGGGCGGCUCACCCAGCCCCGGGGUCCCACCCUCGUGCCCCCAGGAUGGUGUUUCCGAGAGCACCCCACGGGAUCGCACGGCGUCACUGCCCGCCAGCGGGUUCAUUCCCGUGAUCUGCAAAAUCAGGCCGUGAUUGUGAGCGCCGAGAGCUGAUGCUGUCUGGCGCUUUGUCAGGGCAGCUCAGAGAGCAAAGCAAAACCUUCGGGGCUCUGAGGAGCACCGGCAGCAGCGGGGAGGAAGGGGAGACGCGCAGGGUGCGGGCGGGCGACAGGGCGGUGCCGAGGGAGAGCGGCUCAGCGUGCCCGUCGCGCGCUCCCACUGCCGAGCCGGCGGCCGGUCGCACAACAGCAGCAGCCUUCCGACAGGUCAUUUUUGCUUUAAACCUGGAGAAGAAUGUAAAACGGCAUCUUAACUCAUGCACAAGUUGUAUGUAACAGAUGUCACAGUAAGAAUUUGUAGUGAUUAAAUUAUUAAAGUUGAAUUACUUCAA